AUGUGUACUGUGUUCGCUAUCGACACAGAUAUGGCGUGGUACGACAUUGCCUGUCCUAAAUACCAGCACAAUAAGGUGAAGAAAGUCAUUCCUGGUCCUAAUCAGAAGGUUGACCCCUGUUCCAAGCAGAAGUGGUUUUGUACCAAGUGUAAUGCAAACAUUACCAACGUUGUUGCAAGAUUCAAGUUGCAUGUCAAGGUGAUGGAUAGCACGCGGGAUACCAAUCUGAUGUUAUUUGAUUCCCUUGCAAAAGAGAUUGUCCAGGCUGAGGCAUCUGAGUUGCUCGGAGGUGUAAUUGACGAGAUCGAAGAUCCUGAUGACUUGCCUGAAGGGUUACAUGAUUUAUGUGGAAAGACAUUUCAGUUUGUAAUAGCCGUUGACAAAGCUAAUCUUGGAAGAGGGCAUAGUACUUACAAAGUUAUCAAGGUCCUUUCUACACUUGGUAUGAUUGAUGAAACUGAAGCGCUCACCGAUUCCGCUAGGGAUGUUACACCAUCUGAACUCAUUUCCGCAAUGAAGUCCUUCUUGAAAAGGGACUUCAUUGAUUCUAUCCCUGAUUCUGCAAGUGCACAGGUCAGAAGUAGUAAACGGGUAUCGAACACAAGGACCAGAUUGCACACUACAAGCUAUGAGUUUGAGAUCGAGCUAGGGCAAAAGUAUAAGUUGGUUGAGUGCAGAAAAGUCGGCGCCGGCUUUGGGCUUGAAUUGUGCGGAUUGGGCUUCAAAAACGGCUUCGGGUCGACCGCGGCGUUCGGACGGUCGGUCGGGACGAUCGGCCGGACAGUCGGGUCUUGGCCGAGUCGGAACGGUCGUGGCCGGAUGAUUCACGGUCGGCCGGUGUGGUCGGACGGAUAG